GGUCUGAGGAUCUAGAGGACUGAAAGCGGGAGAGAAGACAGAGAGGAAGAUGGGAAAGAUGUAAUAAGAUAGGAGGGAGUAAGUUUGAGAGAGGUAAAAGGAAGAUACCAAAAACCCAAUAACAAGCAGAGAAGAAAAAGUUGGGAGAGAAACGUCAAACAAACACGCACACAGUAGACCACGUCCAAACUAAUUCAACCUGAAAGAUGACUGCGAAAUAUAAGGUGGUUGAAUCACAGAGUGAAAAUCCGCUAUCCAAAAUCGUUCCAGGACAGACCAUAGUGGAGGUUCCGGAAUUUGAAUUAGAAUGUGGCGAUAUCCUGUACAAAGUGCCUGUCGCAUACAAAAGCUGGGGAAAGCUCAAUGAGAAGGGAGACAAUUGCAUGAUCAUUUGUCAUGCGUUGACGGGGUCUGCAGAUGUUUCCGAUUGGUGGGGCCCAUUGCUCGGCAGAGGAAAGGCUUUUGAUCCAACCAAGUUUUUCAUAAUUUGUCUAAACUCAUUAGGAUCUCCAUAUGGUACUGCUUCUCCCCUGACGACCGAUUACGAGUUUGGUGAAAGUGAAAGAUACGGUCCAGAGUUCCCAUUAAGCACGGUCAGAGACGACGUCAACCUCCACAAGCUGGUUCUCGAUUCCUUGGGUGUCAAACAAUGUGCAAUCUGUAUUGGUGGCUCUAUGGGAGGUAUGCUUGCCCUAGAGUGGACCUUCGUUGACGACGGAAAGUACGUCAAGAAUUUGGUGGCUUUGGCUACAAGUGCUAAACACUCGGCAUGGUGCAUUUCGUGGAGCGAGGCUCAACGACAGUGCAUCUAUUCCGAUGCUAAGUACGACGACGGUUACUAUUCUCUGGAUGACCCACCUAAUGGUGGGUUGGGUGCUGCCAGAAUGUCUGCAUUGCUAACUUACAGAUCUAGAAACUCUUUUGAAGCUAGAUUUGGAAGGGAAGCCCCUACAAACAGACAAAAAUUUAAAAGCACGACUAAUAUCAGCAAUAGCAUUGGCAACAACAGUAGCCAGGAACCCGAAGUAACAAGAGAAGAAAGCUCUGCAGUGGUAGACGAAGUGACAGAGCACGAUAGAGAAGCCAACUGGAGAGUCCACAAUGAUGGAGCAAAUAGAAAAAAGUCUUUUGAAUCUUACCACACAAACAGCCGCUCCAACUCAAUCUCAUCUAAUAUAAGCGGCGAUGAUGCACGCUCUACGCUUUCGACCGUGACUUCUGUGGGAAGCACAGAAGUAGUUACAACGCAGAAGCCAAGAUCAAGAUCUCGUCGCUUACCACAACACUACUUUUCGGCACAAUCGUAUCUCAGAUAUCAAGCUCAAAAAUUUGUUGGUCGCUUCGAUGCAAACUGCUAUAUUGCAAUUACUCGUAAGCUAGACACACACGAUGUGGGUCGUGACAGACCAGAGUAUGAUAAUGAUACGGCAAAGGCCUUGCAGUCCAGAAAGCAACCUUCUCUUGUAAUUGGUAUCAGCUCUGAUGCUCUCUUCACUUUAAGUGAGCAAAUAUUCAUUGCUAAAAACCUUCCUAAUUCUACUUUGAAGAAGAUAAACUCGCCUGAGGGACACGAUGCUUUCUUGUUAGAGUUUCACGAAAUUAAUGAGUUAUUGCUGACGUUCGAGCGUGAAAAUCUGAAGGAUAUCAUGGAGAACAAGGGAAAUAAUGAAGAAUGGAAUGAAACUAUAGAUGAAGUUAAAGAAAGUGUGUUCGGGGAAGCUGAAGAUGUUGCUCAAUGGUAGACAUGUUGCUUAUCGUAGCAAUACUGUGGAACUUUACAAACUUUUUGUACAACUAUAUAUUUGCAAGCUUUACCUUAAAAUUGUGUCGAAGUAAAAAUACAUCUUAUAAAAUACAAAAUAGCGUUUAAAAAUAUAAUAUACUAUAAAA